GAUGAACGUGUUAAAGCUUCAUAUGACAUAGCAAGUGGUGAAAUAUUAAUGCAGAUACCGAAAGAGACCCCUGGUGAGGAUUUUCCAGACCUGGAUUUGUUGACAAAGCUUUUGGCUCCGAGGAAAAUUAAAGUUCCCGAAAAACCGUCUAUCGAAGUUGUUGGGGAGAUCAAUGACACUGGUGAUCUUAAUGAUGAUCUUAAUGAUGAUCUCAUGAAACGAUUAGUUGAGAAUUUUGAAAAUAAUUCAGAACAAAAUAAAGUAUUUGAUAAGCCUUUAAUUCAGGAAGUCAUCGAUAAAUCUGACGAUCCUGAAACACAAAAAUUACGAAAGUUGAUAGAAGAAGCUGACUCUUAUGAUUGGGAAUUACCGCAACAAAUUCCGAACGAAAAGGAUAUUCUCUCAAUGACAGCUAGUUAUGGUUUUAACGGACUUUAUUCCGGUUAUUUCACGCAUGUGCAAGAAACAUGUAACGAAAUUAUUGAUAUAAUUGAUGUAGAAAGUUCUACAUUUGAAUCCCGUCGUCGGGAUCGAAUCAAAGCUGAAAAUGUUAAGUUUGAUCCUGAUCAUUAUAUGUAA